CCAUGGAUGCAGCAGAGCUAGCAGACGGUCACGUGACGGAGAAUCUGACAGAGAUGCGCCAACCUGAGAGAGCAGAAGACAGAGAGAGGAGCCUCACUGGAGCAGGGGAGUGUAGGACAUUAGAGGGGCCCUCCCAGUCCCCCGCAGAGCCCAGGAUGUAGAAAUAAUAAUUCAUGAGCUCCUGGGACAACCAAUCCGAGUGCGAUGAUCUCCGUCUGGGGUAACUGAGGAGAGGAGCAUCUGGGGAGAAGUGCCGGUCGCAAUGGAGAGCCCGGAACGAACAGUGAAAGCUUCUGCUUCAGUGGAAGAACAUGAGAGUCCAUACAUGAGCAAGACCUGCUCCAUGUCUGAGGAGCUCCUAAUGGAAGACCAACUGAGGAGAAAGCUCAAAUUCUUUUUCAUGAACCCCUGUGAAAAAUUUCGUGCCCGGGGCCGCAAGCCAUGGAAGCUAUGUAUUCAGAUAUUAAAAAUAGCACUGAUAACCAUUCAGUUGGUGCUGUUUGGACUCAGCAAUCAGUUGGUCGUUACCUUCAAGGAGGAGAACACAAUCGCGUUCAAGCACUUGUUUCUGAAAGAUUACAAGGAUGCCAGAGUUGACACUUAUGCAGUCUAUCAACAGGAAGAUGUUUAUGAUCACAUCACUUUCACUAUUAAAAGAUACCUGGAGCUCAGAAAUAUCUCUGUUGGCAAUCAUGCCUAUGAUACUGGAGAUGAAGGAAGACAUGGAAUGACUGUCUGCCAGUAUUUCUAUAAGCAGGGCAGCAUCUUCCCCGGAAAUGAAACCUUUGAUAUUGACCCCAAGAUUGAGGAAGAGUGCUUUGUUGUGGAACCAAUGACCCCGAUAAAUGAUCUCGUUCUUCAUGGGAACUUAUGGAACCUAACUCUGGACUUUUAUCGACUUUUAACAGUGGAGAUCAUGUUUAAGCUAAAAGCUAUCAACUUGCAGACCAUCCGUCACCAUGAGCUGCCUGACUGCUACGACUUUACAGUGACAAUAACGUUUGAUAAUAAAGCACACAGUGGACGGAUUAGAAUAACAUUGGAUAACGAUAUUAGCAUCCAGGAAUGCAGAGACUGGCACGUGUCUGGAUCCAUACAGAAGAAUACACAUUACAUGAUGAUAUUUGAUGCUAUUAUUAUCGUCACCUGUAUUUCCUCCUUAACCCUCUGCAUACGUUCUGUGGUUAAGGGAAUUCACCUUCAAAGAGAAUAUGUAAUGUAUGUUCAACAACGAUUGUCAAAGGCUGUGCCCUGGUCUGACCAAAUGGAGUUUGUCAAUGGCUGGUACAUUCUCAUUAUUGUGAGUGAUAUUUUAUCCAUCGUAGGUUCCAUUCUGAAGAUGGAGAUCCAGGCAAAGCAGAGCCUGGCAAGCUAUGAUGUGUGUAGCAUUCUCCUGGGGACAUCUACCAUGCUAGUAUGGCUUGGAGUUAUCCGUUAUUUAGGGUUCUUUCAGAAAUACAAUCUCUUGAUCCUUACUCUCAGAGCCGCACUUCCAAACGUGAUGCGCUUUUGCUGCUGUGCAGCCAUGAUCUACUUGGGCUACUGCUUCUGUGGCUGGAUUGUUCUGGGACCCUAUCACACCAAGUUCCGGUCUCUGGACAUGGUGUCCGAGUGUCUGUUCUCACUUAUAAAUGGCGAUGAUAUGUUCACUACAUUUUCCAUCAUGCAACAGAAGAGCUAUCUAGUGUGGCUGUUCAGCCGUGUCUACCUCUACUCCUUCAUCAGCCUAUUCAUCUAUAUGGUUCUCAGCCUUUUCAUCGCUCUGAUUACUGACACUUAUGAUACAAUUAAGAAUUACCAGAAAGAGGGAUUUCCAGAGACAGAACUUCACAACUUUAUCUCAGAAUGUAAAGACUUGCCGACAUCAGGCCGGUACAGGGAAGACAAUGACAUGACUGUAUCUCUUCUGUGCUGCUGUCAACGGUAGAAUGAAGCUGAAGUCAGAGAUGUAGAUGCAUCACAAGGAGAUGUAGAAUGGAUCUGACACAUUCCUGCCAGCAGUGAAAAGCCUGUUAUAUAUUAUCUGACAUUACAAGAGACUGCGUUUUAGUUCAAAGACUUGUGACCCUGCCUGAAUACGCAUCUUUUCGUAGAUUUAUAGGUCGAGCUGGGCUCUUUAGUUAGUUUACUUAUUUUAGAAUGUAUCUCAUUCAUAACUACCUGUGUGCGUUGGGCAGUCCUUGUCUGUUUGCAUCAUCUAUGUAACCUCAUAUUGUGAGGAUUGUAAAUAAUUCUACAAACCGUAGGAAAGGAAUAUCCAGCUCUAAUUCCAGUAGAAAGCCAGUUCAGGUGAGCUGUGCUAUCAUCCGUAUUGCUAUCCCAUCCAACAGUACUUGCACAAGAGAAGGCAAUAAAAAGCUUACAACAGCCUCUUUGCUCAACAGCUCUUUAGCAAUCCCUAGGUACUAGCUGUGCAAAAUAUAGACUGGAAAUCAAA